AGAAGAAGAAGAAGAAGAAGAAGAGUGGCUCGGAGUGAUCAGGAUCUUCAGGAUUUACAGACGGACAGGUGGAGGCGGCGUGUUGCAGAGGCGAUGGUGCCGCAGCAGCUUCCUGUCGAGCUGUGGCUGCAGGUGUUCAGCUUCCUGUCCUGGAGAGACAAGCUGAACCUGCGUCUCACCUGUUCUCACUUCAGACACCUGCUGGAUAAGUCCCGCCCCCUGUGGCGAGGCUUCAGCGUGGUGCUGCAGCACUUCUCCCGCUACAACUCGGCCUUCUGGCGCAGCCUGGCUCAGAGGCACGUGGGCGGCGCCUCGGUGCGUUCAGGUAAGAGGAAACACCUAAAGCAGCUCUCCGCCUGGCUUCCCGCCCUCGAGGCUCUUCGAUUGGACGAGUGGAAGGAAGGGGGCGUCGACGAGCUGAGACUCUUCCAGCGGCUGCAGCGCCUGUCACUCACUUCCUGCUCCAUGUCGCUGAGGAACGUGGACUUCCUGUUUCCUCUGAGUCAGAACCUGCUGCAGCUCAGCCUGUGCAAUGUGCAGCUCACCUGUCCCGCCUCUCACCUGUUGGCCGGCCUCAGUCAGCUGACCCGCCUCACCUCGCUGCUGCUGCACCACGACGGCAGCCUGAGGGUCCCCACACUGAGGGGCGUCCUGACUCACCUGAGCCGGCUGCAGCACCUGUCCUGGACCAUGAUCACCUACAGGACGCUGGCUCCGGACUUCUUUAGUUCCACCCAGCUCACAGAAGCAGGGGGCCUGCAGCUGUCGGACCUCCAGCUGUUGAACUACGACGCCGUGGUGACGCAGGAAGUCCUGCAGCCUUUGUCCCGCCUCCGCAGCCUUUCAAUCUUCCACCUGUACUCCGUACCUGGACCCACCUGUCACCUGCAGACCUGGCUGACGUCGCUGCCGCAGCUCCGCAGCCUCAGCGUUCACGGAGGCCAUCCUCUGGCGAUGUACGCUGACUUCCUGCCGUCGUCUCUCCUCAGUAUGACCCUGUGUGUGGACAUGCAGCCUGAAGACCUGCAGGUGGUCUCUGUCAGAGCUCCUCACCUGGAGCACCUGCACCUGGAGCCCUGGAGCUCCUCCUCUAGCCUGGUGAGGCUCCUCCCACAGCUGUUCCCUCACCUGAGGACGCUCCGGAUCAGACACCAGCACCUGUCUGACGAUGACUUCCUGUGUGUGCAGCAGCUGCAGCGCCUUCACACUCUGGAGGUUCUGGACUCGUUCUACAGACCCGACCCGAUGGACCCCAGCUUGGUCAUAUACCAGCCCAGUCCUCGUCUGAUACACAUGAUCUCUGAGCUGCAGAAACUGACCGAUCACAGAGUCCACGUCAUCACCAGCUCACACAGAGACCCGCUGUCCUGCCACUGUGUCUGACCAAUCAGAGAGAGAGUCCGACCAAUCAGAGAGAGAGUCCGACCAAUCAGAGAGAGUCCGACCAAUCAGAGAGAGUCCGACCAAUCAGAGAGCGAGUCCGACCAAUCAGAGAGAGUCCGACCAAUCAGAGAGUCUGACCAAUCAGAGAGUCCGACCAAUCAGAGAGAGAGUCUGACCAAUAAGAGAGAGUCCGACCAAUCAGAGUCUGAUCAGCCUUAUAACCUUCAUUUCUCUAAUGCUGGAUAUUUAUUAGAUGUAUUUUAUAAUAAUUAUUUUUGUAAUCCUUUGCUUUGUGGUCAAAAAGGAUGUUUUUGUUAAAAGUACUGUAAUUAAACGUUAAAACGUA